GACCACGAAAUCUAGAACCCUAAAACCCCCGGCGAGAAAAAACGGUGGCUCGGAGGGAGAGAGAGAGAGAGAGAUGUCGUUCAUGUAUGAGAAGAGCAAUACAUGGAGAUGGCUAGUGAUGAAGACGCGAGAUUCCAGAUCCUUCUUCUUCACGUUCGCUACUCUAUGUGGCGUCAUUCCUGGCGUAAUUGGCUAUGGUGUUAUGCAGGUCACCAAUUCCAGUAACCCGGAGCUCGAAGCCCGCCUCCGCAAAUCUGCUCGCCCCGAAACCGUCAUGAUGGGUAAAGUAAAUCAAGAGAGGCUAGCUGAGUAUCUCGGUGAGUUGAAACAGAAGCAGGAUACAAACGAUAGAUACGUGGCUGCUCUAAGGGGAGAGACGCUUACCAGGAAGCCUUAUCAAAGAAUCCAACCAGUGCCAAAGCUAGAUGACACGGUGACAACCAAACCUCAGUAAGGAUGAAUUCUCUGAAGGGUCAGUGUUAGUGGAUGACUCUCAUUUGAAUCUUUAUAUAUUUUGAUGCAACGAUGGCAUGUUUCAUGGCUGUAAUGUUUUUUAUUUGUAUUGGCAUCGAGUAGUACAGCUUUUGUACUACGCCAACGGCCGCAACUUCAGUCAAUGAAUAAAUCUGUAAACCCCAUGUUUUGUA